CAUACCUAAGCCAAAAAGUCCACCUUCAGGAAAAUGUGUCGAGUUAAAACUCUUGCUGGGGAAGAUCUUUAGUUUGUUUUCCACCAAUCCCUCACAUUAUAUUUGAAAUAUUUCCACAAGGAGGAAAAUAAACAGAUUUCACAAUCAUCAAUGUUUUAUUGAUGCAUACAAUUUUAAACAUGUUCUAAAUGAAAUUACUUUUUAUCAACUGGAUAGUGCACUUCAGUGGACGUCAUUUCCAACCAAUAGAUAAAAGUUUCAGAGUCAAGUUGAGAAUAAGUGGAACACUACGAUAAAAUUACUAGGUGAAGCGAGAAGAGUUUUAACCUUUAUAUUCUAUUAAAAGAUUUUUUUACGAAGUCAUGUCAUCUCCACAAUACAUGAGUUUAGUAACUGAAAAAUAACUAACUUAAAGGCAAGCAACCUGUUACAAUAUGUUAAAAUGUACUUAUAUGUUAGAAAUAUUUUCAUAAAUUUAAGUUAAAUCCAAGAAAGUAGUUUAAAAAUAAAAAAAGAAAAUUAUAGAGAAUUGAUUGAGGUUGGGUCUUCCUUUCAUUUCCAAAUCCCACUCCACUUUUUCCUUACAACAGCACCAAGUGAACUAACACCACAUUUCGCGCCAGAUAAACCUGACCAUAGAUCAAGAAAAAUGGUAACAACUUUUACAUAUGGCAAAAACAAAACAUAAACGGUGUUUCUACAAAAUCAAGAAAGCAAAAACUGAGAGAAAGAAAUUGUUCUAAGAAAACAUGGCACAAGCUGCAACAAAGAAGAGACCUCCUAUAUCCUCAAAGCCAUCUCCCAAUGUCCUUCCUUAUCAAACACCAAGAUUAAGAGAACAUUACUCCCUUGGCAAGAAAUUAGGCCAAGGCCAAUUUGGUACAACAUAUCAAUGCACAGAAAAGGCAACAGGCCUUCAGUAUGCAUGCAAAUCAAUCCCAAAAAGGAAACUUUUAUGUAGGGAAGAUUAUGAGGAUGUGUGGAGAGAAAUUCAAAUAAUGCAUCAUUUAUCUGAGCACCCUAAUGUAGUGAGGAUCAAAGGAACUUAUGAGGACAAUCUUUUUGUCCAUAUUGUUAUGGAAUUAUGUAAAGGGGGUGAGCUUUUUGAUAGGAUUGUUCAAAAGGGACAUUAUAGUGAGAGGAAAGCUGCACACUUGAUGAAGACAAUUGUUAAGGUUGUUGAGGCCUGUCAUUCUCUUGGUGUCAUGCAUAGAGAUCUCAAACCUGAGAAUUUCCUAUUUGACAGUACGGAUGAAGAUGCUACCCUUAAGGCUACCGAUUUCGGGUUGUCCAUUUUCUAUAAGCCUGGGCAAUAUAUCUCUGAUGUUGUGGGAAGUCCUUAUUAUGUUGCUCCUGAAGUGUUGCAUAAAUUUUAUGGGCCUGAAAUUGAUGUAUGGAGUGCUGGAGUCAUCUUAUACAUCUUAUUAUCUGGGGUUCCUCCCUUUUGGGCUGAGACAGACAAUGGUAUUUUCAAGCAGAUAUUGAAAGGGAAGAUAGACUUUGAAUCUGAACCUUGGCCUCAUAUUUCUGAGAGUGCAAAAGACUUGGUUAAAAUGAUGCUCGACAGGGAUCCUAAAGCGCGAAUAACUGCUCAUGAAGUCCUAUGUCAUCCAUGGCUUGUGGAUGAUACAGUUGCUCCAGACAAACCUUUGGGAUCUGCAGUGUUGAAUCGCCUAAAGCAGUUCUAUGACAUGAACAAACUUAAAAAGAUGGCUUUACGAGUCAUAGCAGAAAGGCUUUCAGAGGAAGAAAUAGGAGGCCUAAAGCAGUUGUUCAAAAUGAUUGACACGGAUAACAGUGGAACAAUCACAUAUGAGGAACUGAAAGAUGGCUUGAAAAGAGUAGGAUCUGAGCUAGUGGAGUCUGAUAUCAAGGCCCUGAUGAAAGCGGCUGACUUUGACAACAGUGGCACAAUUGACUACGGUGAAUUCAUCGCUGCAACACUGCAUCUGAAUAAGAUGGAGAGGGAGGAGAAUUUGCUUGCUGCAUUCUCCUACUUUGACAAAGAUGGCAGCGGUUAUAUCACAACUGAUGAGCUUCAACAGGCUUGUAUAGAAUUUGGCCUUGGUGAUGUUAAAUUGGACGACAUAAUUAGAGAGAUUGACAUAGACAAUGAUGGACGUAUAGAUUAUGGAGAAUUUGCAACAAUGAUGAAGAAGGGAAAUACAGGAUUUGCAGCCAGAACUAUGAGGGGCAAUUUGAAUUUUAACUUGGCAGAUGCUCUUGGAGCAAGUGACAGUGAGAAAAAUCAAUAGAAGUAUCCGAUAUGAUCCUAACAUGAUUCUUUACCAGACCAAGCUGACAGAAAACGUUGGACCAAUCAACAAACAAGAGAGGUUGUAAGGCUUUCAACCGGAUAAGAGAGGGAUUAAGUAGAGCUGUAUUUGCCGAGACAACGUUGGAGCGUGACCAACAUAGAUUGGUGAUUGGUGCUCUAUUUUUUGUCGUGGUAGAUAGGUUUAGUGCUAUAGUAGCAAAAUUACAGUUGUUGCUACUUUAUCAUAUAUAAUUAGAGGGUUUCUCCUCUAGUUCAUAAAUUCAGAUUACUGUUGUCUGUUCCUGAGAAGUGCUGUAUGAACCUUCUGUUAUGUCUAUAUUAAUUUGGUGCUAUUAGAGGUGAGUACCUGUUCAGCAUUUUGCUAUAUGUCGAAAACACUAAAAUUAUUGUCGAUCUUAUUUACUCUAUGUGAUCAUCUGU